CAUAUGUUGAUAAUAGUGGCCAAUUUUCAUUGUAUCAGCAUUCUGGUAGUGCACUAACCGAUGCCUGCCUUUUUAUAUAAUUUUUUGUAGAGCGUCAUAAUGUUGCGCCACCUUUCAAAGAUAGCUACAAAAUUUACUGGUGGUAGUCCAAGGACCUCAGACUGUAAUGUAGAUAUAAUCGAUGAAUAUAUCAUUGGGUUGAACAAAUUGGAAAUGGGCAUCGAGAAAGUGCUGGACGAUAAGAUCCUGGAUGCUCUCGGUAUAUUCAAUUGCUCAAGUUCUGAAGAUAAAGAACUGUCAAGCUCUUCACCAUACAUUGCAUUUGGAAAGGCUCUUUUUGACUAUAUAACAGCUAUGCUGACUUUGGACAUGCACGAAAUUGACGAAGUUGCUGGGAUAUUGGAGAAGCUCCAAUUACAGUUAUUACGUUACAUGAAUGACUGCAAGAAAAGGAGAAAGUCAGCAACAGCAGCAACAGUGAAUAAUCACAAUAAAACCGAAGUACAUCUAGGCCUAUUGAAUGCUCACUGCACUUUUAUGAUGGCCACAUUACAGAUUGUGCGGAAUAGCUGGUUCGAUAAUAUCAAGGCAAUUUACGAUUUUCGAAAGGCACUAAAAAUAUACGAGACUCUGCUUGAAAAACAACUGGGAAUAACAAUACAGCAGUGCACAGUAUCGUCUUUUGAUCGAAUGCAUACACCAGCCCGUACCGAUGGAAAAAUCCUGAAUGAUGAUCUACUCGAAAGCGGUAUAUAUUUUGGUCUUGGUUUGUUUAAUAUGGUGCUAUCACUGUCACCUUUAAAAGUUAGAAAGAUAUUGAGUAGCUUGGGGUAUCGUUCAACAUUAGCAAUGUCAAUUCAUUUGUUGGAAAGGUCUCAAGAAAGUUCCACAAUGUAUUCACGCCUAAGCUCAAUACCACAAUUCAACAGCUUUUUAAGCGUUCAAAAAGGAAGAAAAUUACUAGAGCAGUUGAAACAAAAGUUUCCAAAUGGCCGUAUAUGGUACAUUUUUGAAGCAAAGUUACAGCUUUUAGCAGGGGAUUCAGCGGAAGAAUGCCUAGAUUUACUCAAUAAAGCGAAGGAACCUACUAAUGCAUCUCAGCAAAUUUUAAAUACUGCCGGUCUUUCAACAACGAUCGUUCCAAGGAGUAAUGAAAAUAGCUUAAAACAGUUAUCAAUAACUGGCUUUUCACAAUUCCGUUGUUGGAUAUUGCAUGAAACAGGAUGGACACAUAUGUAUUCCGGCAACUAUCUACUUGCCACAGAGGCUUUUUUCGCUUUGGAAACCCUCUGUAAAUCUUCAAGUCUAUUUUAUCAUUACAUAGCCACGUGUUGUAUGCUGGCAGCAGGUUUAUAUGAAAGAGCCUCUCUUGAAGCACGACAAAUGGUUAAUAUACUCGACCAUAAAAAAAAGAAAGGAUACAGACUAUCAGCUAAUGAACAAUAUAUCGAAGCUAAAGUGCGCUAUUGGAACGGGCUUUCUAACUCUGCAACAAGCAAAAAUAACUUGAAAGAUGUAUUACGAGCAUAUCAUGCAGAAGCAGCCCCAGUCUGGGAGCUUCUCUAUCUGUGGAACGGUCUUCAAUAUUGUAAAGAGGAGCUACUUAUUGGAAUAAAAGAAGGUUUAUCAAACUUGCUGGUCAACAACGGUAGACAAAAUGGAGACAAUGUAUCCCCUUUACACCAUCUAAUUGUGGGCGUUAUCUGCCGUGAUAAGGAGGGUAGUUUAGAUCAAGCCUUGAAUCAUUUUGAGUCAAUACUAUCUAUACCUAUAACAGAUUAUGAUAAACACCAACAAUGGGCAAUACCCUAUGCGAUGUAUGAGAUUGCUGUUACAACGCGUCUAACAGUAAAUGAAGAGGACAAUGGAAAUGCGAUAACUAUUUGGAUACGGAAUAUCAAGAACUACUAUAUACAGAAUCAGGAAGAUAAGGAAUGGGAUAAUCGAAUGGAGCUAAGAUGUCAAUUGCUUAGUGAAUCAUGUGUUAAAUCAAAGGCAAAACAAUAA